UUCUUUAUGAUCUGUUGCUUAUACUAAUUUGAGCUACUUUUGACAGAUAUAUUGUAGUUUAACAAUUGAUAUUGUGUGUUAACAAUGAUUCGAUUCAUUUUAAUUCAAAACCGAGCUGGUAAAACAAGACUUGCCAAAUGGUACAUGCAGUUCGACGAUGAUGAAAAACAGAAACUGAUCGAAGAAGUUCACGCUGUAGUCACUGUUCGUGACGCAAAACACACAAACUUUGUCGAGUUUCGGAACUUUAAGAUUGUGUAUCGUCGCUACGCUGGUCUUUACUUCUGCAUAUGUGUUGAUGUGUCCGACAACAAUCUAGCCUGCCUCGAAGCAAUCCAUAAUUUUGUUGAAGUUUUGAACGAGUACUUCCACAAUGUUUGUGAACUGGAUCUUGUGUUUAACUUUUAUAAAGUUUACACAGUGGUGGAUGAAAUGUUCCUUGCUGGUGAGAUACGGGAAACAAGCCAAACUAAGGUCAUUCAACAGCUGCUGAUGUUGCAGAACUUGGAAUAAUUAGUCCAACCACUUCAACUAUCAACAAAUAUUAUUCUUAUAUUGUGUUAACAUUCAUGCCAUUUCUUAUACUCAAGGCAAAGUUUUAGAAUUGUAUGUUAGUUUAGGUAUAAAAGCAAUUCAACUUAUUAUAAUCUGGAUUUGAAAUGUCUCCACAUUACUGAAACAACAUUCCAGUGUAUUUUGGCUGAACCAUUAUUUUAAUAUUGUUGUAACCAAGCCUGGAUUUUGACCAGAACGCCAUUUCAGAAACUCGAUAAAAAAAAGUUUACUUGAAUGGCGUUCCGGUAGUUGCGAGACAGUUUAAACCCAGUUUAAAAUAAGAAACAUAUAGUUUCAAAAGCUCUGGUCUUACGACAUAAUUAUAAGAAUAAUUUAGUUUUGUGAGACACUUUAAACCAAAACUGCAAUACAUUUAUUUGCUUUGUUAUCUGAAUUGAGAUAUAAUUCCAACGCUCUGGUCCUUCAGUUUUGCUUUUUCUCCAUACCAGUCUUGGGAAUGUAUGUCUUACAAUUCAAAAUCAUAUUUCUUUCUUUUAGCGCAUUUGAUUUAACAUUUAAUACUAGUUGCUUAGUUGGGCAUUUUAGAGCUUUUUUCGGCUAAAAUAAUCGGUUUAAAUUUAAUUUUAAAGCUAAUAUUACUUGCUGAUAGUCAACCAUGUUCAAUAUUUCAUCAACUUAUAGUUAGGUGUUGAUACUAAAACUUGGUGGUAACUAGUAUUGGUUUUGUUAUAUCCCAAUAUAUGUCAUCUUGUUUUAUCUUUAAUUUAAAUAAAAAAAUCCGGCAAAAUUUAAUAUUUGGUAAAAUUGAAACUAAAAGCUGGAGUUUUUCGAUUGAGUUGUCACUUUAUAAAUUGUUGUGCAAUUAUAUCUUAUCAUACAACAACAUAAUAUAUUCCAUAAAUGUCACUUUAUCUUAAAUGUAAUGUUUCAAAUGAUUUAAAAAUACCUUAAAUAGAUGUUUCAACCCAAUUAGAAUGUAUUUAUUAUGACAAUCUGACCAAAACAUAGAUCAUUUUUUGUUUCAAUGUUACAAUAUACCUGUACCUAUGUUUAAUGUCAUCAGUUUUAUUGUAAAACAAUUUGUGUAAAAAAUUCUCCAUGUGUCUAUUUUGUUGCUAUGUUAAACUGACCAAGUUGUUUAAAAUGUUAAUUUAAAUUUCAAAUUGCAAAACUUUAUGUUGAUUCUAUCUGUGCUGUCAUUUCUAUAUAAAUGUAAUACACUAUACAAAUUACA